AUGCCUCAAGCGACACGACGUCUCCGCGAAGCAGGACUACCACUGAACUACGGCCAGAACACCUUCUGCUUGACCGAUAGCAUUCUUCGGUCCGGUAAAAAAGCAGACUGGAUUGACCUUGCUGGGCCCGACUUGAAACAUAUCCAGAGGAUCAAGGUACACCACAGAAGACGUGAUUUUGGCUUUGACGGCGAACAGCCUUCCCCGUCCUACCAUGAGACUGCCAAGUUCACCAUUAUGCGCACAAGCGAUGGGCAUCUCAACCUGCAGGAUCUCAGCAUCAUUCCGGAUAAGAUCUGCAGCUGUGCAAUUGAAGAUCUUGCGGUGAAGCACAGGCAGAAAAUUGGCGAGACUGCGUUGUGCAAUCCUGUCGUGGCGAUGAUGGCCGAGUACGCUCAUCUGGUCAAACCUGGCCGUGUGCGAACGGCAACGGUCCAAUGCGCGCAGUGUAAGAAGUUGAAGAAUAUCCAGCGGUCGUGCAGUUAA